ACAUAGCUCGCCGUCAAAAAAGCCUCGUCUUUCUCUUCCUCCUAUUUUAUCCUCUCUUCCCAAACCCCUCUUCCCUUCUGUCUCCGACGCACCUGGAAAUCGAAUUGGAUUGGAGAAAUGACGAGUGCAGAAGCGGGGGCGGCGACUCUUGGCCCACGAUAUGCGCCUGAUGAUCCUACUCUUCCGAAAUCUUGGAAGGGGCUGAUUGAUGGAAGCACUGGCCUUAUGUAUUACUGGAAUCCUGAGACUAAUGUUACCCAGUAUGAGAGGCCUACUGUUAAGCCUCCAUCCUUGCCACUUGGCCCUCCUCCAGUUUCCACACCUAAGCUAGCUCCAAUCCCGGCUGCCCACUCAGCACAGCCUAAUGGCGCGGCAGCACAGAUGGGCCAAAUACAAGUUCCCCAGGGUGCGCAACAGCAGGGACAGCAAAUGAGCCAAUUAACUCAACAACAAGGACAAAUAAUGGGGCAGCAACCGGGUUCAAUGGCAGCACAGGUUUCUGAUCAGCAUGGGUCACAACAACCAGGUCCUCAAAUGGGACAGCAUGGGCAGUUUAUUGCACAGAAGAAUAUACCACAAACAAUGCAGCAUCCAAAUCAGCAAAUGAUGAAUCAAAUAGGACAGCAGACGAUGCAACACCAAAACUCACAAAUGGGACAACCGCGAGGACAUCAAUAUGCACAUCAGCAUUUGCAGUAUAUGGGACAUCAACAAAGUGUGCUUCCACAGGGGCAACAAAGUUCUCAGCAGUUGGCUCCUCAUGGUGCUCAACCCCAGGGUCAGCAAUAUCCAAAUCAAGAAGAUUAUAAAGCAGCAGGUCCCAGAAAAGAAGAUGUUGAUUUUCAGCUAGGGAACCAAACUGGAUUUUCUCCUGCUCAAUUUCAACAGAUGGGCAAUUCUUCUCAGAAUCAGUCUGCUGGAACUAAUUCAGUUCCGAUGCCACAGCCAGGUUAUAAUUUGGGUCAAGCACAGCAGUUUACUGGCUCCUCCAUCAAUAUGCCUCCACCAACCUCUAUUGGUCAGUCACAGCAAACUGGAACAGAUUUGGUUCAGCGGCAACAGGGUCAUAGGUUUCAGAAUCAGAUGGGCCCAUCCAUGAUACAGACUAGUAUGCCUCCUCCUGCCUUAAACACUAGUUAUGAAGAUAAACUACAUGGCAGAUCUGGAAAUGAUUACUACUUCAAUAGUGGCAAAGAUGGGCCAAUGAUGGGUCCACGGCAGCCCUUACUUUCAGCUAUACCCAGAGAGACGUGGGCGAGUGGUCUGCCACCUCAAAAUGCCAUACCUGGUCAUGGUGGGGGAUUCAAUCCUAUCGGAGGUCAUGGAGUGCAUAACAUGUAUGGUCAUACUGGUCCACCUUUUCCAAAUAAUUCCUUGACGAGGCCCCCAUUUGUUCCAUCCGUGGAUACUAGUAAUAUGUCUCCAGCUGAAGCAUACUGCAAACAACAUGAAGUCACGGCAACGGGAGACAGUGUUCCGGCACCAUUCAUUAGGUUUGAAGAUACUGGUUUCCCUCCAGAGAUACUGAGAGAGAUUCAUUCUGCUGGGUUUUCAUCCCCCACCCCAAUACAAGCACAGACAUGGCCCAUUGCACUACAAAGUCGGGACAUUGUGGCAAUUGCCAAAACUGGUUCUGGUAAAACAUUGGGCUACUUGAUUCCCGCUUUCAUGCUUUUGAGGCAGCGGCGCAACAACUCUCUGAAGGGCCCAACAGUGUUGGUUUUGGCUCCAACCCGGGAGCUCGCUACACAAAUACAAGUAGAGGUCAUCAAAUUUGGCCAAUCUUCAAGAGUAUCUUCCACGUGUUUGUAUGGUGGAGCUCCGAAGGCUAAUCAGUUGAAAGAGUUAGAUCGAGGAGCCGAUAUUGUUGUGGCAACUCCUGGUCGGCUGAAUGACAUCCUUGAAAUGAAAAAAAUUGAGUUUGGGCAGGUGUCACUCCUUGUUCUUGAUGAAGCAGAUCGAAUGCUUGACAUGGGUUUUGAGCCCCAAAUCCGCAAGAUUGUUAAUGAGAUACCUCCUCGCAGACAAACCCUGAUGUACACAGCAACGUGGCCCAAAGAAGUUAGAAAAAUAGCAGCUGACCUUCUUGUCAAUCCUGUCCAGGUGAACAUUGGCAGUGUUGAUGAGCUUGCUGCCAAUAAGUCUAUCACCCAGUAUGUUGAGGUUGUCCCCCAGAUGGAAAAAGAGAGGCGCCUGGGGCAGAUUCUCCAAGCUCAAGAACGUGGUUCAAAGGUUAUUAUUUUUUGCUCCACUAAGAGGUUGUGUGACCAGCUCGCUCGUAGUCUUGGACGCAACUUUGGAGCUGUUGCAUUUCAUGGGGAUAAAUCUCAGACCGAAAGGGACUGGGUCUUGAGUCAGUUCCGAAGUGGGAAAUCCCCAAUAUUAGUUGCCACUGAUGUUGCUGCCCGUGGGCUUGACAUCAAAGAUAUAAGGGUGGUUAUCAAUUUUGAUUUCCCUACUGGCAUUGAGGAUUAUGUUCACCGAAUUGGAAGAACUGGAAGAGCUGGCGCAACUGGAGUGUCUUUCACCUUUUUCUCUGAGCAGGACUGGAAGUAUGCCCCCGACUUGAUUCAAGUUCUGGAGAGAGCAAACCAGCAUGUGCCUCCUGAGGUGCGAGAGAUAGCUUCGCAUGGUGGGCCUGGUUUUGGGAAGUAUCAAGGUGGAAUGAAUAGAUUUAAUUCUGGUGGUAGUGGUGGGCGCUGGGACAAUGGAGGCCGUGGUGGUAUGAGGGAUGGUGGCUUUGGUGGACGUGGUGGAAUGAGGGAUGGUGGCUUCGGUGGACGCGGUGGUACAAGAGAUGGUGGUUUUGGUGGGCGCGGCGAUAUUAGGGAUGGUGGCUUUGGUGGCCCUGGAGGUAGAGGUGACCCAUUUUCUGGACGUGGAAACAGAGGACGCGGAUUUGGUGGUCCUGCUGGUGGUCAAGGAGGUUGGGGCAGGAAUGAAAGAAGCCUGCAUGAUCAAAAUAAUAGUUUUGAUGGGAGAGGACGUGGUCGUUAUCGUGGACGGGGACGGUUUGAUAACAGAAGAGGUACUGCUGAUAGGAGUGGUGGCAGGAGCUAUAGCCGAAGUCCUGAUAUGGUUCGGACAUGGCGCCAUAGCCGUAGUCGAAGCCGCAGUCGUAGUUGGAGUAGGAGCCGAAGUAGAAGCAGGAGCUGGUCACGUGGCCGUAGCUACAGCCGUAGCCCUCGUCGAAGCUACAGCUGUAGUCCUGGUCGAGGCAGAAGCCAUAGCCAUGGUCGCCGCAGUCGAAGCCGUAGCCUCAGCUAUGACAGAUAUGAGAAGCCAAACGAACAGAAUGCCGAGCGGAAGGGUGUUGUAAAGCGGGCAUUUGACUCUCCUGUCUCCUACGAACAGAACUUAGAGCAGAAGGAUGUUGCAAAGCGAGCAUUUGAUUCUCCUCCUUCCCACGAACAGAACACUGAGCAGAAGGAUGUUGCAAAGCAAGCAUUUGAUUCUCCCCCUGUUUCCACCAUGUCUCCUGGCGGACAGGGCACUUCAGUGUUUGAAAAUAGUUCUGUACAACCAUUACAAACUGCUGAAAGUGCUGAGGUGCCUCGAGGAGAAGUGGGUGCAGGCCAAGUGCAUCAGUCGAUGACCGAGACCUAAUCUUGUUUUUGCAGCUACGCAUUUAGUUGACCCCGACUAAUGGUGGUGCCCGCUUCCUUCAGCGACGAUGCAGAUAAUGUUUUCUUAGAUCUGAUUCAGAACGGUGAAAAUAAUAAUCAAACCAGCCGCGGCGUUACAUGAUCCGCUGCUGCUUUUGGGAGAUUCUGUUUUAGGAGCACCAAACAAUAUAGAUAUUUAAGUAUGGUACCCUAUUCUCUUGAAGACUUUAAUGUUGAUGCAGUAUCAUGUUGUUGGAUGAACUGCCAUGCUUAUUCAUUUGCAUUGGAUUUGUUUAACGGCAUCAUGGAUUUAUAUUUGUAGGAGAAUAUUUUGAAAAUUAUUGUUUCUCAUAAUAUAAACCAAGCAACUUGAACUAA